AUGGAUACCAUCACACCACAGACUGCGUCCAAGAACGCGACCAACAAAGACUCUACCCUUGAUCCUGAUCAAAUCGCUCGCAUCGACCAUUCUUACGACCAAGCCAUCGGCACAGUAACCGACUUCGAGAAACAGAAAACCGCUGAAGGCGAAGCUCACUUCCGUCGUCUAGGAUGGAAGCGACUCGCUGUUAUCCUCAUCGUUGAGGCCAUUGGUCUUGGAACAUUCAGUCUUCCAGGCGCCUUUGCGACACUCGGCAUCGUCGCGGGUGUGUUUUGCUGUAUUGCCUUGGGCUUUAUGGCUAUCUACACAGCGUGGAUCAUUGGAAAGAUUAAGGUCUUGUAUCCUUCGAUUAAACAUUAUGGAGAUAUUGGUGGCUUGCUCAUGGGCAGGUUUGGUGAAGAGUUGUUCGGCGCUAUGUAUGUGCUGCAACUCAUCCUCAUCACGGCCUCUUUCGUCCUCACGGGCAGCAUUGCUCUGAACAUCCUGGCCGAUGAUAAGGUUUGCGGUCUUAUCUUCAGCGCUGUGUCGGGCUUUAUGCUCUUCAUCCUAGCCAUCAUGCCUUCGUUCGCCGAGGCCGCCAUCUUGGGUUACAUCGACCUGGUCUGCAUCAUGACAGCCAUUGGUAUCGCAGUCAUCGCAUCCGGCGUGAAUGCUUCCAACCAGCCCGGUGGUAUUGGUGCUUCAGACUGGUCUGCUUGGCCUGACCCUGAUGCUACUUUCAAGGAUGGCAUGGUGGCUAUCUGCAAUAUCAUCUUUGCUUAUUGCUUUGCCAUGUACAUGACCCCUUUCAUGGAUGAGAUGCAUACACCUGAAGACUUUAUGAAGUCGGUCUGGACUCUUGGAGGUGUCGAGAUCUUUAUCUACACCCUCAGCGGUUCGCUUAUCUAUGUCUUCGUUGGCAAGGACGUGGCCAGUCCUGCUCUUCAGUCUUUACCUGGCAUUCUACCCAAGGUGGCCUUUGGUGUGGCUCUCCCCAUGAUCUUCAUCUCGGGCGCCAUUGGCAAUACCGUUACAGCCAAAUAUGUUCAUCUGAGAUUCUACAAAAACUCAAUCGUUCGCUUUGUCAAUACACCCAAGGGUUGGGUUACUUGGCUCCUUACUCUUGCUGGCAUCACGAUCAUCUCUUGGGUUCUCGGCGAAGCAAUUCCCUUCUUCAACGACCUUCUCUCACUCAGCUCGGCCCUUUUCGUAUCUGGUUUCAUUCUGUACUUCCCAGCAGUGAUGUGGUACAAGCUUAUAUGCAGAGGCAAGUGGUAUGCUAGAGAAAAUAUCCUCCAUGCCGUUGCUUGCAUCUUUACCUUUUUCUUUGGCCUUUUGGUUCUCGUUGGCGGAACAUAUGCCACAGCUUUGGAUAUCCAACAUCAUUAUGAGAUCGGAGCUUUCCGUACACCAUUUUCAUGCGAGGCGUAA